AUGCCAAUCAAAGAUAUUAGAAAAGAAAGUGUUUUAAAUAACAAAGAGCUAGACAAUGAUGAUAUUAGUAGAUAUAGUAGACAACUUAUUUUACCUGAAAUAGGUGUUCAAGGUCAAAUUAGGUUAAAGAACAGUAAGAUAUUAAUAGUGGGAGCUGGAGGUUUAGGAUGUCCGGCAGCUAUUUAUUUAUCAGCUGCAGGAGUUGGUAUAUUAGGAAUAGUUGAUUAUGAUGAAGUUGAAAUCAGUAAUUUACAUCGUCAAAUAUUACAUGCUGAAUCUCGUGUUGGUCUACCUAAAUCUCAGUCAGCUUUUAUAACUUGUCAUGGAUUAAAUUCAAAAGUUGAUUUUGUGCCAUAUCAUCUUGCAUUAGAUAGUUCAAAUGCCUUACAGAUUAUUUCUAAAUAUGAUAUAGUCUUAGAUGCUACAGAUAAUGUGGCUACAAGAUAUUUAUUAAAUGAUGCCUGUGUUUUAGCUGAUAAACCUCUUGUCUCUGGUAGUGCUCUCAGAUUUGAAGGGCAGCUAACAGUUUAUAAUCAUGAUAAAGGACCAUGUUAUAGAUGUUUAUAUCCUAAACCACCGCCACCAGAAACUGUUACAAAUUGUUCUGAUGGUGGAGUCCUUGGUGUAGUUCCCGGAAUUAUUGGAUGUUUACAAGCUUUAGAAGCCAUUAAGAUAGCAGCAGGAAUCAGCACAUCAUUUAGUGAGAGGAUGUUAUUAUUUGAUGGUAUUGAUGGUUUAUUUCGUAAUAUAAGAUUAAGAGGAAGACAAGUGAAUUGUCCUAUAUGUGGUGAUAAUCCAACUAUUACUAAACUUAUUGAUUAUGAAGAGUUUUGUGGGGCCAAGGCUACUGAUAAGGAUAAAGAUAUUAGUUUAUUACAAGAGAAUCAAAGAUUAUCAUCAAAGGAAUAUAAAAGAUUAUUAGUGAAUAAAACACCUCAUAUAUUAAUAGAUGUACGUCAACCAGUAGAAUUAGAUAUAUGUCAAUUACCUAAUCCAAACACUAUCAAUAUUCCUGUUUCACAUCUAAAGAAAGAAGAGAAGAUGAAGGAAGUUAAGACUAGUAUAGAUCAAUUAAAUUCUAACUGUGAUAUAACUGUACCUAUUAUAGUGGUCUGUAGAAGAGGUAAUGAUUCUCAGGCAGCUGUUAAUGAACUUAAAAACAUUUUAUCUGACAAAGAUAAUAUCACUAUACAAGAUAUACGUGGUGGAUUACAUGCGUGGGCUAAACAAGUUGAUCCUAAUUUCCCUGUGUAUUAA